GCAGACAACUUGAGGCUUAGGCAGGGCGGUAACUCUUGUCCUGAGUCCCGCCAGGUCCUGGAUUCCACGCGGAGUCUUGCAGCUCUGUGGCAGACAGGCGGUCCCCGCAUUCUGCGUUUCGGUCGUCAGCCCAACUCCUAGCGGAACAGAGCAAGACGGCGGCAGAGAACCAGGCCCACCAUGGCAGCGAACUAUUCCAGUACCAGCAGCAGGAAAGAACACGUCAAAGUGACUUCUGACCCCCAACCAGGCUUCCUAGAGCGACUGAGUGAGACUUCCGGCGGGAUGUUCGUGGGGCUAAUGACCUUCUUACUCUCCUUCUACUUAAUUUUCACCAACGAGGGCCGAGCACUGAAGACAGCCACCUCGCUUGCAGAGGGGCUGUCACUCGUGGUGUCCCCUGACAGCAUCCACAGUGUAGCUCCGGAGAAUGAAGGAAGACUGGUACACAUAAUCGGGGCCCUUCGGACUUCCAAGCUCUUAUCUGACCCAAAUUAUGGGGUCCAUCUACCAGCUGUGAAGUUGCGACGGCAUGUGGAGAUGUACCAGUGGGUGGAGACGGAAGAGUCCAGUGAGUACACGGAGGACGGACAGGUGAAGAAGGAGACAAAGUAUUCCUACAACACAGAGUGGAGGUCAGAAAUUGUCAACAGCAGGAACUUUGACCGAGAGAUUGGCCACAAAAACCCCAGUGCCAUGGCAGUGGAGUCUUUCACAGCGACCGCCCCCUUUGUCCAGAUUGGCAGGUUUUUCCUCUCAGCAGGCCUCAUUGACAAGAUUGACAACUUCAAGGCCCUGAGCCUGGCCAAGCUGGAAGACCCCCAUGUUGACAUCAUUCGCCGCGGAGACUUUUUCUACCAUAGUGAAAACCCUAAGUACCCAGAGGUUGGUGAUGUUCGAGUCUCCUUUUCUUAUGCGGGACUGAGCAGCGAUGACCCCGACCUGGGCCCGGCUCACGUGGUUACUGUGAUUGCCCGGCAACGAGGUGACCAACUAAUCCCAUAUUCCACCAAGUCCGGGGAAACCUUGCUGCUCCUGCACCAUGGGGACUUCUCAGCUGAGGAGGUGUUUCGUAGAGAACAGAAGAGCAAUUCCAUGAAGACAUGGGGCCUGCGGGCGGCUGGAUGGAUGGCCAUGUUUAUGGGCCUCAACCUCAUGACACGGAUCCUCUACACCCUAGUGGACUGGUUUCCUGUCUUCCGAGACCUUGUCAACAUUGGCCUGAAAGCCUUUGCCUUCUGUGUGGCCACCUCCCUGACCCUGUUGACUGUGGCUGCUGGCUGGCUCUUCUACCGACCGCUGUGGGCUGCUCUAAUCGGCUGCCUGGCUCUGGUGCCCAUUAUCAUUGCACGGACCCGGGUGCCAGCCAAAAAGCUGGAGUGAAGCCUGAGAGGCCAUGUUCCCUGUCACCUCUGCCCAGCUCAGCUGGAGCAGGCAUCUACACACCCCACUCUUCGAGGGGCCAGUGUCCACACCUGCAUGUAGGGUUUGGUGUCCUCCUUAAUGCCUUUCCCUCUCGGGCUUCAGUCCACCCAGCUGUCAGCUGACCUGCUGGUGAGGGCUCUCAGCCUUCUCACUACCCAUCCCUCAUUGCUGGAACCAAGUGCCAAGACUGCCACAACCAUCAGCUACAACUUCAACCUGAGAAAACAGACAUCACCCUCUCCUGCGGGCCACACGGCGUCAGCAGGAUACCCCAUACCCAGGCUUGGAGGCGUGCACCCCACACCAAGCCCCUGGGUAGAACCCGAUGUGGCCUGAAGAAACCCUGAAGAUCUUAUCCCAGAGGUCACUGUCACUGUGGCGGGACAGAGUGCUUCGGUAUAAGCCCUCAGGCUUCUGGUUCUUGGUUCUAUUAUGCCACUUCUCUGGUUCUUUCUAUCCCAAGAAGGAGAGUGUGAAUGGGUCACACUUGACAGUUGCUGUUACUGAAAUUAACUCUGCAGGAAUGGUGUUUCAGCGGGUGUGGCUUGACUGGUUUGAGUUCCCGAGGCCAUGGGGAAGCUUUAGCUUUGCUCUGCUUUUGAACCAGUGUUAGGGGAUUCACUGUCGUGCUGGGUUGGGAUUGUGGAGGAAGGCAUCCUCUUUAUCCCCUGCUAUCACAGACGAUCUGUUCACUUGAAGGUGAUUUUUAUCUUGUAGUCAGUGUUACAAGAAAAGGCUGGAAGCAUUUCUAUUAAGCAAGCUCAUUCACAGUGACCUCCAGGCAACUGAAGUCAAAAAUCAGGACUCGGGCUUGCUGCAGGAGGCCCACUUCUGGCCUUGACACUCCGGCCUCAAGCAGCUGCUGCAGAGUGGUUCUUUUUGCAUUUAAUGCCCAUCACUGUCCUCAUCCCAAAUAAAAUCCAUCCGUACUAAUGGACAUCGUUUCUACGUUUCCUUGCUACUGUUACACCCUUUGAAGGGAUGCUUAGCUCUGAUGUCAUCACAGAGCCUUGGUUUAUCCUGUACCUCUCAUAUCUGUUUGCAACUGGUUGCUGUAGCAACAAGAGUGUUUGGUAGCUGACCAAGGUGUCAGGAUCGCUGACCCGAGUGAUACGUAACAGUUCUUCCCAUGCCAUGUGGUGGUAUCUGCUUUUUUUCUGGAUAAACGUAUAGCCAGAGACGGCUUACUGGGUUUAAAAUGAAAACAUUCACUACUGUUCAGUGCACGCUGUACAGUCUCUUCGAAACUCCUAAGAUGGUUUGGGAAAAUACAGUGCAAUUAGUGAUGGCUAAAUACACAGUGCUUGGGAUUCAGUCUGUGUAACAUUUUCUUCUGUGUUUUUUACCAGCCAGCUCAAAAGUUAAGAGCAAAUUAUGGAAGAAUAAUUUGAUGUCUUUGAGAAACCAUGAGGUUUGUAUUCUUUGUAUUAAAAUUUGAAAUAAAUUUCUACUUAUCUUUUGGUA